CAGGACCAAUUCCUGUUCUCGUUGCUUGCGCAUCUUGACUGGCAACUGAGAAUGCAAUUAAGCGUCGGCUGCUGUUUUGUUUACAAUGUUGACAGGAAGGCCUGGCCUCUUUGCUUCCCUUAUUUUACGAUGUAUACGCGAUAGAGUUCCAUUUUCUAGUUCGGUUUAUUUGACGAAAAUUCGAAUACGAACGACGCCUGCUGCCAGGUAUUCCACAGCAGCUGACAAGACUAUAGAAACCGAGAGUGAUAAGAAUGGACGAAUUCCCGAUGGUCCAAGCGUCCAAGGAAACAACCCGAUUUAUACCCAGGACACUGUUUUGGAAUUUGUCAGUUCCCUUACACCAGAGCAAAGAGCGGCGGUUUUGGAAGAAAUACACAAAGCCCAAGCAACGGAAGCGAUGAAAAAGGCUGAAGAGAAGUUAGCCUCAUGGAGAUGGCGAUCACGUUUUGGCCGUCCUUCAUCUGUGCAUCUACUUGGUGCUGAUCCUACUGGCACUUACUGUGAGAUACCUCAGGACUGGUUAAAGAAGAAAGUUGCUGAAAAGGCCAAAGCCAAGCGUCCUACUGCUUCUGAACUCAGAAAAUUGGCUUUGUAUAAUGCUCUACCAUUUAUUGGUUUUGGUUUCCUCGACAACUUUAUUAUGAUUGUUGCUGGUGACUAUAUUGACACAACAAUUGGUAUUGGUCUUGGCAUUAGCACCAUGGCAGCAGCUGCACUUGGUAACACAGUUAGUGAUUUGGCUGGCAUAGGGUCAGCUUGGUAUGUAGAAAAUAUUGCAGUAAAAAUUGGAAUCAAGCCUCCAAGUCUCUCUCAGGAACAGUUGGAGAUGAUGUCAUCAAGAUGGUCCUCCAAUAUUGGCAGAGGAGUUGGUGUAGUGCUUGGAUGUCUUCUUGGAAUGUUUCCAUUAUUAUUCUUAUCUAACCACCAAGAAGAAAGGAAGGAAGUGGAAGCAUAGUUUUGUAUUUUGCUAAGACAGGGGUUGAUCUGUAGCACAGAGAACAAAGUAGAACUGAGCAAAGGGAAAUGGUGAAGAGCUUGAUAAGGGAUGUAGUAUUGCAAGCAUCAGAACCAUGGAUGACCAGAGGAACAAAAAAGAACUCACUAGAAGUUUCAGUGUGUGGGUCCAUAGAAAGACACUGCAGGUACAUUUGUGAGAGCCCGAGAAUAUUGAAGAGCUACUGGUAGUAAAGGGAAGAAAAUUACAAGGAACAGUAUUACUUAUAGAAUUUACAGAAAUUUUCCAUGGGAUGGGGGAGAAAGUAUUGCAUAGGCAGAAGAUUGAGUCAAAUAGAGGAAACGAGUGUUACAAUUUGUCUAUCUGGAGAUUAUAUCAUAUAGAUUCUUAUGCAUUGACUUGUUGUCAUGCUGAAAAGGAGAGAAGAAAAAGAAUAGUAAAACUAUGAAGUGAAGAGAUUUUAUUCACUUUGCAUAAAGGGUGCAAGUAGAAUUAAGUGAUGUUUAUUAUGUUAAUAAUAAGUUACAUAUAAUUUUUUGAAAUAAUUUUACCAGUUAAGGACUGUUACCUCAUUUUGAAAGGGAGUUCAGGUAUAUGAAACCCUAUUCGCUUCACUCACUUCUGGGAGUUUUUUUUUUUUUUUUUUUAAUGCAGUUGGUUUGGACUCAGAAUAAUGCAUAGGACUUUAGAUUUUAGCCCCCUUUACUGUUAUAGAUCUCAGGAAUGGAAAGACUGUCUAUGGGGAACUGUGUUUUCUGGUUCAGCUUACUUUUAAAGUAAUGUUUGGGUUACCAUGAAAGUAUAUUUUGAAAAGAAUAUAGUUAGUGUAUUGUUAUAAAUGACAUAAAAAACCUGUUGUUUUUUACAGUUUAAAAGUACAUAUUAGUAUUUAAGCAUCAACCUAAAGACAUUAUGUGUACUUAGUAAGCUGAAUAAAAUGGAAGAGGAAUCCUGAGUAGUAAUGGUAAUUAGAGGCACAGUACUAUACUUCUUUGUAUAUAUUAAAUCCAUUAAUAUUUUUCAUGUGGUAGAAUAACUCAGAAACUGGUGUGGAAAUUUAUUCCAAACACAUUGUUUUUUGCCAACAGUGGUGUCAGCAUAAAUCUUAAGAAGGCUGUCAGAUUAGUUCAGUAAGGAUAUAUAAUGUUCUAAUUGUGUAUAUUUGCCAUUCAUUUGGGAUAUAAAUGUGAAAGAGUUAUGUACAUUUUUCAAUUUUUACAUAUAUUAUCUCCAACCUCAUUUAUUAGAUGUUUAUACCAACUCAACAAUUGUCCAUCUGUUAUCUGCUUGGGAACUCCUCUCUCUUAGGGACAGUAUUUAAAAUACAGACUGUCUCUCCUUUUGAAACAGAUUUUUAUAGCACUUCAGCAAGCUCAAAAUUUGUAACACUUAUUUUCGUAUAGUAGCAGGCAUUUGGCCACACUGAAUGGUAUAAAACUCAGCUGACCCUUCAGGUUGAGGUCGAGGCAUCAGGAUAGUUGCCCACCUUCUUGUGUCAACCAUGUUUAUAGGACUAUUAGGCAGUUUGGUCUCACUACCUGCAUGGAUGGAAGUUAUCCAUUGUUACUUGGGCCAUCUUCUGCAAUUGGUGUUGUAGAAAGGGUUAUCCUUUGUUCAGAAUAACUGUCCAUUGGAUCAGAUUUCCUCAUCUACCUUCCCCAAAAUGACAAAUUUUUAAAUCAAUUUGUAUUUGUCGUUUUCUGUAGCAAAAGGCUAUUACUCAGCCUUAUCUCUGAAGGGGCUGGGCUCUCCCCCUUGGUGAAGUCAUCCAUGCUUAUGAAAAACUAAGAGCAGUCCUUGACAUGUUCAUUAGACAGAGACCUAAAGACUGUCAUAUGUACUCUUAGCUUUAGCCAUGGCAGAGUAUGGGGGAACCAUAUGGCUGUCAUAUCUCAUUCAACACUCAGAAGGAUAGGGAUUCCUGUCUUUCUCAUUGUCCGGUGUUUUGCUGAAAUUCAGGACCCAUCAUUUCCAGACAAGAGGUUCAAGAGUUAAUAGUUUUCUUCCUCUGGUGGAGACUUGGAUCAGAUGACGUUAUUGUCUGGUCCGUGCCCUCAGUACUACGGCAAAGGACUUGCUGUUUGAGUUUGGAGACAUUUCGUUAGUACAGAUAGGCAAAAGAAGGCAUCUAGGAAGUUAUAAGUGGGCCUAAAAUUCCUCCCCAGAGAAGUCUGGCCUUUAUUCUCACUCAAGAACACAUGAAGUUAGGGCCAUGGGACCGUGUCUUGCCUUGUCAAAGAACUUAGUGUUUCAGGUAAUGAGGGCUGUGUAGCUAGACUACCUUUACCUCACUCUGCCUGAGGCAUGUCGCCUACUUUCUCUUUGGGAUCAAUGGUGCUCAGUUGUUUGUAUAGAUAAUGGGUCACAAUCAUGCACUACACAUCUGGUCCAAGUACUUAUAAAAUGAGUAAUUUCUCUUCCUUUCAUUUUCCCUUCCCUAGCUGCAUCCAUGCCAAAGUACUUGUUGUAAUCAAAUGAGAUGAAAGUAGUUAAGUGCACGGUGAGCAUCUGUUCUAUGUAGCUUAGUAUGCAUUGUCCUCUGUCCUCUCUCUUUUAACAAGGUGGAGGGAGGACAUGGUUAAGCUUUUUUCUGAACCCAUUAUUUAUUAUUUAGUAAUAGCCAGAGCAAAGCUGGAGAAUGUUUGAUGUAAUAAAUAAGUGAGAAAAUAGAGCCCUUGAUAACACUAAAAAUAGUGGGUGCAGAUGUUAUGCUAUAAACAAUAAAAGUGAAUUGGACAUUGAAAUGAGGUUACACAUGGGGAAGAAAGUCCCUGGUUAUCAAAAGCAAUGACUUUGUGACCAUGCAUCAGUAAGGAUAGAAGAUUAUUGCCAGUGGAUUUUGAUUUGCAAUAGCCAUGCUGCUGAUCAGGAAAGAGUUGGAUUUCAGGUGGGUGGGAAAGUGUGAUUGCCGAAUGAUGAUUCAGGACUUUAGCAAUGAGGGUAAAGAUCCUAAGUAGCGUUCUGAAUGAUUAAGUACAGGAUUUAACAUAAGUACAGGAUUUAACAGUUAGUGUAGGAUGGAGAGUAAGACUUGAGACAGUUCAUCCAUAAAUCCUUUCUAUUGCAUAUCCAGAACUGAUGUAAAAACUAUUUUAGUAUAUAACCAUCCCCUUAAAGUUUUAAUCCUUAUUGUCUGCUCUGUACAAUUUCUAUAUUUUAGGGCAUUUUGGAUAUUAAGGAAGGCGAGUUACCUUAAUAAACAGGCCAUGGGAUUAUUUCUGUUGCUAUGUUGUUUUAGGAUAAUUCAGAUACGCUACUUUAUCAUGCUUGUGUAAUGAAGUGCUGUAAGCUGUUUUCUAGCUUAAAGUUUGAUAUUACAGAACACAUUAUACUAACUCGUGGAACUUCUGAAUAGUAGAUUUUUAUAUAUUUUCCCAUUUUAAAUUUGCCUUUAUAAAUGUAUCAUGUGUAACAGUUGCUGGCUGCGUCAUGGAAGUAAGCCAAAUAUACUGUAGAACUUUGUUUAUAUUAAUAAAUUGUCUGUUUAUGGCAUGUAUGUAGGUAAAUGAAAUGCUAGUAAUAUUUUGUUUUGUAUGACUAUGUGUAAGCUCUUCUUUUGUCUUUAAUGUAAUUUUCAUGCCUUGUGGAAAAUGUCUGGGAUUAUAUGAUUAGUAAUUGAGAUUUUGCUGUAUAACUUCAGUUGAAGAUUUGUUUAAGAGAUCAUACUUGGUAAACUAUAUAAAACAGUAAUAAGUAAUACAUGAAUGGAUUGAUAUUACUAAUUUGAGUUAAAAUUUUGUAUUUUAAAGUAGUCAAGUCUUCACUGAAAUUAGUAGAAUUGAACUUGUUAUUUUUUUUAUUGUGUAGAAUGCAAGGUACAUGCUGAAACAAAGAUUUAAGCUUAAUAUUGUAAUGGAAAUAUAUGCUGUGUAUAUUCUAAAGGAUGUAGGUAUUGUGGUACAAGCUUAUAUUGUGCCUUAAAACAUCAUAAGUACAAGUACAUCCAGAGUUUUGUAAGAAUUACUUAUUAUUGAAGUGUUGGAUUGGAUCUUGCAUUCAUUGAAAGGGUCAAUUUUAGUUUUUAUUUAUCAAAAGACAUGAAAUAGAGUAAAUAUGCUUGGAAUUGUAUGGUCAUAGAAAUACUGCACCUGUUGAUGGUUUGGUGUCAAAAGAAAAGACAAACUAUUUUGUAGGUUACCUUAGUUUUGGUACCUGGCUUUUUUAGUGUAUUGUUUUAAGUACAGUGGACAUUCAAAUUGCUGCACCUUAAUCAAUCAUAUUUGUUCAUGUGGAAAUACAAAACAUUGCUUGUGUGUAGUUAUACUGUAUCUUUUAGCAAAGCUGGGAGAGAGUGUUGGUGAACUUGGUAACAAUGCUGUUAAGUGACCUGACAAUUACUGGGGGUCAGGAGAAUACUUCUCACUCACCUGCUGUCUUGCUGAGUAGACGUUCUUUCCACUCAUGGUCAUUGGACUGUUCCACUUUCUUCCCUUAGCUGAUAAUUUGAGUAAUCAUGCUGGUGUCUCCUCUGGAAAGGCCCCAACCCAAGCAUCAUGUUCACCUUCUACCACUCCUACUAAUACUACUGUUUCACAUUUCAGAUAAGCAAUUAUCAUCCUUGGAGCACCUGCAGAUUUGGAAUUCCCUCAACAUUCCCAGAGGCCUGCUUUUGCAGUGUUUUGGACCACCUAGCAGUUGCAAAAGAGGAGGGAUCUGCUUCCACUGCUCUUGCUACUGCUUUGGUACCUACUAAGGUGUAGGAUCUUCCUGUAGCAGCUAUGUUCCCUGUAGUGGACCCUCUGGCUUCUUGGGCAGCAACAACAUAGGAGAUGAGCAAGGUCUGAGUUUAAGAAGCAAAGAAGUGUUUACAACAUUAUUCCUCCUGGCUUAGCUGUCUUCCUUCUUUUCCUUGUCCUUGACUUCUUCCUCUCGCCAGAGGACGAAAAGGGGAAUUCCAAGAAGUCCUGUUGGGGUUCUAACUGGGCCAACAUGGGCUUAACUUAGCGUGUCCAUUAGUACCUAAUCCCUACUUGCUUAGACAGAGGACUGCUCCCACCUCAUUCUCUUGUUUCUCCCAUGUCUCUUACUUGGUAGAGCACAUGUAACCCACAGACACUGUGCUUAUUGGGUUCACAGAUCAAGUGCCAGCUGGUAGCAGGGUAGGCCCUUGCCAUACCUCACGUGAUAGCUGGUUAAAGCAGCACUGCCUGCUUGUUCAGCAUGAUUGACUACUAGCCAUAAGGAAAAGACCUUUUGAAGCUAAGCACUCAGCUCAGCUGGGGAUGUCCCUCUCCGAUACGUCAUCCUGAACCUAUUCAUACAAAUUUUGCAUUCGACUCUAGGGAUGUUAAGAAAUUCUUUAUCUUGAUAGCCGAGGUGGAAAAGAUCCCAAUGGUUUCUUAAAAAGGUUUUCAGUGUGUUGUCUUCCAAGAUUAGUAGAUUCUAUAGAUUUUUAGGUCUACGACGGUUAUCAGAAUGUCCCGUGAGAGAGAGGCUUUCUCACAUAACUGUGAGGGAGAAGUAUGUUCCUCUUCAAAGCUGGGUUUUCAGACUGAUGGGCAUGAAUCACUCUUCAGUGGAGUCAUCAAUGCUUAUGAGUUUUGAGCAGUCUUGUCCCCUCUUGAGCUUCAUCUUCCCAAUUGGCAUGUAACUCUCUUCUUUCACAACGUAACCCAAUUUUUUUUUAUAUAAGACCUUGGGGGAGAACCCUUGGACCAAGAACUCACUUUCAGGACUAUCUAUUUACUGGCCUUUGCCAUGCAUAUUGGGAAGGUAAAUGGUCUUUCUCAUCUGGUCUGGCAUUCUGAGGGAUGGGGGUCCCUCUUUCUCCUUUGUUCAAGAAUUUCUGGCAAAGACUAAGAACCUGUCAGUUCCCAACGUAAGGAUAGAAAAUUUCUUGAUCCCCUCCCUGUGAAACUUGACUGUUGGUGAUGUGGACAAGGUGCUUUUAUGCCGUGUGCAAGCCAUUACCUGGAUACUAUCUGAAAAGGACCUACAUACUGUAUCCAGUGUUCAAAACACUUUUUGGGUUCAUGAGGUGAUCAAACAAGCUUAUGACACCUCAGGGAAAGAUGUCACCCAGCUUACAUAUGCAAAGCUCACAGCAUUAGAGGUGGGACUGUCCUUGGCCUUUUGGAGAAACUUUUCAGUUUGCCAGGUUAUCAGGGUGGGUUUCUGUAAAUGCCAGUUAACCUUCACUUCAUUUUCUCUGAGAGAUGUCCCCAGAAGUCCUUAGACACCUUCUUAGGAAACAUGCUGGCUGCUCAGCAAGUUAUGUAGAUACCUAGUUCCAUUCACAGUGACAAAUACCUCAACUAAAGUUAUUUUGCUUAGUGUGAUUCUAGGACCAUGAACAUAGUGAUUGCUUGAUUUUUUUUCUCACUUCCUUCCUACUGCUGGAGCACCAUCUAGGCUAAAGUAUGAGUUAGGAUCAGAACAGGUACAGAUGAUUACAUUUCACAUAUCCAGUCUUAGACCUCCACCCUGAGACAUCUCUUUUCAUUCUCCCCCUUUAACAAGAGGGGCAGGGGAGAACUUACAGUUGUAUAAUCAGAAUACCUGCUGUGCGAUGUUUAAUCACUUAGUUGAACAAGGCUCUCUUACCUCACUCAGGCCAGGGCCUUAUCCUGGUUCUCCUUGAGGCUGAAGGAAACCUAAGGUGAGUAGGAGGCAUUACCUCCACUAACCCCUAACCACAAGUUGGCCUUAUUACCAUGUUCAGUGACCAUCAACUACCUUCCUCUGAAGGAUUCUCAUAUACAUAGGUAAAAGGCUCAGCUAAGAGAAAUACAAGGUACUUUAAAAACUUUGGUUAUAUAUUGAUAGAGAUGUCACAAAUUAACUUCUUUGGGCUCAUUGCUACUUGUACCACAAUUCUAAGGCCUUGUGCUUGUCAACAUUGAUUUUGGAAUGAGGUUAUUAGCUCCUUGCCCCACACUCACACAUGGUCAUAAAGAGCUUUUGUAUCAGUAUAUACAACCCUGUAUGUUAUACGGACGUUUGAAUGGCAUGCAAAGUGGGUUUUUAGUAGUCACAAAAUGUGCGUAUUGAUAGUCCACUGUAUUAAGUUCUUUUUCAUUGUAUGAUAUUAAUGUCAGUGUUUGAAAUCUGUGAAACAGCACUCUUAUUGAUCUAUUACUGUGACUGGCAUUGCUUUGUAGUCUUCGACAAGGUGAUUUUUGGUGAAAAAAAAGAGAAUGAAACUGAAUUUCAUGUAGUGUGUAUAUUACUUUGCGGCAACUAGGCAUAUCUACUGGUUGCUAAAAAUGUGGUUCUUAAAAAUGUGGCAUGAUGGUGUAGAAUUUUGAAGUUUGGUGUCCACUUACUUUUGUUUAGAUAACCAGAAAAUAUCUACUACAUAUGAGCAUAUAGCUAAGCGAUUAAUUAUUAGAUAUAUCUCCACCAAAGCUGUCAUAAAGAUCUUGGGAAUUAUAAAUUUCAAGAAUAACUAUAUGUACAUAGAAACUAGUAAGAUCAUUUUAAAUAUACAUUAUUUUUAAAUAUAAACCUAUUUACAUUUUUAAAUUUAAAAAUUUACCUAUCAACAGUUUUCAGUAUUAUGUAUAACAAAUCAUUCUCUCUUGAGUGAAAUGUCAUUCUGUCCUGUAAUAUUAAAAUGUCAGUUUGAACAGAAAUUGGAGGUAUUGGUCUUUGUAGUGGCAUCACCUGUAUUGCUUAUUCUGGGAGCUUUUGAUUAGUAUGCCAUAUUUACCUCGGGAAUGUAUUUUUCUCUUGUAACUUUAAUGUGGGAUAUGAUGUAGAUGGUUAUGGAAUGGAAAAUAUUUUUUUUAUCGUGCUAAGAGAACUUUUGCAUCUCUAUAUACCAACAGACUUUUUCAUCUGGGUAUCAACAACUUGCCUGUUUCCCUCAAACUACUCCCCCAUUGUCUUGAAAAGCAAUUCUCAGCAAAGCUCAAACUGUGAACCCUAUUAUUAUACUGUGCUAUCCUAUAAGUAAAGUACUUGUACUAACUGUUAAAAAGUUGACUUUUAAGAACUUUUAGGAAACUUGAAUUACUUUUAUCCCUAGAAUGUGCUGUAAAUACCUAUUAAAAGUUUAUGCAAAGGCAGUUUUGCAGAACUGUAUUGCCCCAGUCUGGAUUUUAUGACCAGCUCCCAACCACCUGCAGGGGUUACAGACUUCCUUAUGACCGACUUGGUCAUAAGACAGUUGCUGGUGGUCAGUAAUGGUCUGCCAUCAUCUGGUACUGAUAGCUGAGUGGUUGAAACAGGGUGGUGGUGGUUGCCAACCUUUGUUUAGCUGCAAUGGCCAUCUUCCUGGUGAAUGAUGGGCCACAACUCACCAUCUGGUAGAGCAACUAGUAAAAAAUAAAAAAUUAAAUUAAAUUAAAAAUAACUAAUGCCAACUUAAAACUAGUGGGCACCUAGUAUUUGACCAGCAGGCAGUCAGUAUUGGACUGCUUGGUGUGUAGUUGCCUGAUGUCUGGUCAGGGGCAGUCUAAUCACUUGAUGGUGGGCGACUGAGUGCCUAUUGAUGGAUGGUCCACUGGUUGAACAACUGGUUAUAAGCACAGUCUUACUGGGGCUUAAGUUACUGCAGAGUUAAAACAAAUUUGUUGCAUGUGGCUAAUGGGUUAAAGGUAAUUUAUAUAAACUUCAUACUGCUCAGUAACAUACUAUUUAUAACUUCAACUGUAAUUCUUAAAAGCAAUAUGCCAUACUAGUCUUUCAUUAAUCAAGUUAUGAAAAAAUUUAUAGAACUAUAUCAUUAAAUCUUGUUAACUAUUCUAAAAUACUCAUCUACUUAAUGCUUCCAAGGUUUUCUGGCCUUACAUAAGGGAACUCAGAUGUGUUCAAAGAUAGCUAUUUUUGUGGCAAAUACUUCAUUAUGCUUGGUCACUUUUUCAUUGUUUUUUCUGAAACAUAAGAGUUUGUCACAUUUUUCCCAAGGUUAAUUACAUGGAGAAGCAAGUUUUGCAUUAUUAACAAGGAUGUAUCUAUACAUUACCUUAUUGGUGCUGUUUAUGUGAAUAUUUUGUAUAUGUUUCUGUAUAUUAAUACAAUCCUAUGAUAUUAA